AUGUUGAAACAAGAAGUACUAGAAUUGAAGAAAGGAUUGGAAUUUUUGCGAGAUCGGCAAAAAGAAGAAGCUGAUCCAGAAGAUUUAAUUCUUUGUAGCAGUAAUGAUAAUGCCAAAAAUAAUGAGGAGCAAAGCCUAAUUGAUGAUAAUUCAUAUGAACAAUAUCUCAAGUCCUGUAUUGCAACGAACUCUCUAAGUCUUAAAAUCAAUGUUUAUACUAUACAAAAACCAUAUUCGGAAUGGACUCUCAAUGCUGUUAGCGAGAUAUUCAAAUUGCCAACUCAUUACAAGGAUAUUUUUAAAUUCACCUGCAGUACCAAUCAACUUGAAGAUGACAAGUCUCAAAAGUUGUUGUUGCAUUUUAUUAAAGAUUUAAAGAUCCAUUGA